AGACUGCCUUGUCAAACCACAGGUUCAUUCGCGCACAGGCUGCGCACUGGGGCAUAGGUAACUGCUAAAUAGUUAUUGGAAUGGAUCUGAAUGACUGAGUUGACAAAUAUGCCACCAUUUUAGUUUUUUAGAUUUGAAAUGUAAUAUAUUAUUAUGUGGCUAUUUCCAUUAAAUCAGGAGCUAUGGAUCGACUUGGUGAAUGGAGUUUCAAACCGAAGAAGAUGAAAGUGGAAUUGGAGGAUGGUUUUUAUUUUGAUUAUGAUGCGGGAGAAAUAUCUGAUUAUCAAGACCCCAAUCAACUUUUAGCUGCUUUGAAACAAAAGGAGGAAGAAGUCCUUUUGGCGGCCCAGCUGGGAAAUGCAUUGCUUUCGGAAAAUCGUCAGUUGAAAGAACAGAGCGACAAACUUAAUGAACAGUAUGCAUACAAACUUGAGGAGUUGGAGCAGAGCAGGCAUGAUCUGCGGUUGAAGCUGGAAGGUUGCCAGUCUGGGUGGGUGAGCCAGGUUGGGGACCUGGAGAGAGACAUGAGGGAUCUGAGUGGCCAGGUGGCCAGGCUGACCCAGGCCUUGACCGACGCAGAGAGGGACAAGACCAGGGCCCAGGAGGAAGACGCAGAACACACCCAGCGCCUCAGAGAACAGCUCAGCACCGCGAUGGAGGUGGAGAGGGCAAUGACCAGUCAACUGCAGAACCUGAAACUGGAGCUCCGUCAGAGAGGCCACCAUAACAGACCACAGGAUGAGGAGCUGCUCAGUGCCAUGAGUGAGCAGGUGGUGCGUCUGUCCCAGAGGGGUCAGGCUCUAGAGGAGCAGCUGGAGAGUGUGUAUCAGGAGAACGCAGACCUACGGGACAGACUGGCCUCCCUACACACACGCUUCGCUCUACAGGACCAACACAACCAGCAGCAGAGCCAACAGCUGACGGAGGCAUGGCAGGAGGCUGCGGCUGCGAGGGGGCGUUCCCAGCAGCUUCAGGUCCAGGUGGAGGAGCUGCAGGAGGAGGUCUCUCUGCAGUACAGGAGUAGCCAUAGAAACACAUCCCUACUGUCUGAGCUGGAGACCAGUCUGGACACCAUGGGCUUGGGCCAUGACAGAGAACAGAUGACCCAGGAGGUUCUGUCCAUCCUGGAGCUCCUGCGACCCCUGACCCGGGUAGUGAAGACUCCAGAGAGGUCAGAGUUUAUAGGUCAGGAGGAAGGAGAUCUGCAGGCCAUGCUCCUACAGUUAAAGGGUUUAGCUCAGAAACUGGCCAACCACACCCACAUCCCACAGCUCCAGGAAGAGAAUGCUGAGCUGAGGCUGAGGCUCGGAAACAGACAGGAUGAAGAAGAGGUGGCCCAACAGGCCAUCAGAGAUAGAGAUGAAGCCAUAGCUAAGAAGAACCUGAUGGAGGCGGAGCUGGUGAGGAGUAAGAAUGACAUGAUGUGUCUGAACAACCAGUUGCUGGAGGCUAUACAACGCAAGUUGGAGCUGUCUCAGGAGCUAGAGGCCUGGCAGGACGAUAUCCAGAUCAUCAUCAACCAGCAGCUGAGGACCCAGCAGCAGUUGGAGCAGGUCGAGAAGAAGCCUGCCUCUAACCCUAUGUCCUUCUGGAGGAGACCCAGCACAGCUUCCUCCACCAGGCCCCGCCGGCCCUCCUCCUCCCCCGCUUCCUGGACCUCAGAAGCUGGGCAAGAGAAGCCCCAGUCCCCCUGGAGAAACUGGCUUCGACGGGGCAAGGCGACACAGCCAGGCAAAUAGUAUGCUGGAAUGUCUGUUGCUUUACCUUGGAGGACUGGCACAUAGCGCAGAAAUGUCUUGACCAGCUGGCCAUUGAAGAAGGCGAGUUGAGUCAUCAAGGCAAGAACAAGCUGGUGGAACACUACUGAGUGGAACUAUCAGUCUUGGUAGAUAGAGUACCAAGCAAAACAGGACAGGCUGAACACUCAGUAAUGUUAUAUAGGAGACUUCAGUAGAGUAUUAGAAUUCAAGACCAUGGUGUGUUGGAAACAAGGACCGGAUAAGAGCCCUAAUGGAUAAAGAGUUAUCAGUAAGUAGACAGUAGUUUCCCCACUGUCACUGAAAAUAACCUAAGAACAUUCAAAGCAUGUUAGAGCAGGUUAAAAAGCCUCUAGCAUGGUAAAUGCUAGAAUGGCCAGGGAGUCACACACUAGGAUAGUAACUGCUAGCAUGGCCAGGGAGUCACACACUGGGAUAGUAACUGCUAGCAUGGCCAGGGAGUCACACACUAGGAUAGUAACUGCUAGCAUGGCCAGGGAGUCACACACAAGGAUAGUAACUGCUAGCAUUGCCAGGGAGUCACACACUAGGAUAGUAACUGCUAGCAUGGCCAGGGAGUCACACACUAGGAUAGUAACUGCUAGCAUGGCCAGGGAGUCACACACUAGGAUAGUAACUGCUAGCAUAGCCAG